AAGAGCUUGUGGAAGGGAUGAACGUAUUUAAAUACUCCUUUUCCCCACUGUUAUUUACGAUAGUAGAUAGACAUUAGACAGCUGUUUUAUUUGUGUAUAAGCAUACGUAAUUAUUGUGCUUUGUUCCGUUAAAUCCUUCUGUGAUAAUUUAGGAUAUUUAGGCUUCAAAAUGAAGUAUUUAAUCGUACUGGCUGCUAUUGUAGUUGGAAUUCAAGCGGUAUCAUUUUUCGACCUAGUGCAAGAACAAUGGAGGUCUUUCAAGGCAACACACAACAAAGAAUACGAGAAUGAGACUGAAGAAAAAUUCCGCAUGAAAAUUUAUAUGGAAAAUGUCCGUAAAAUUGAAAUACACAACCAACGUUACGCAAACAACCUAACCAAUUACAAAUUAGGAGUUAAUAAAUUCGCUGAUAUGCUGCAUCACGAGUUUGUACAUAUAAUGAACGGAUUUAAUAGAACCAAUCGGUUGACUGCCGCCCACGCUUUGCCCGACAAGCAUGGAUCUGACGGAAUCACCUUCAUUCCUCCUGCACACGUGGAAUUACCGAAAUCGGUUGAUUGGAGAACGAAGGGGGCUGUAACAGAGGUUAAGGAUCAAGGCCAUUGCGGAUCUUGCUGGAGUUUCAGUGCAACUGGAGCGUUGGAAGGCCAACAUUUCCGACAAACUGGAAAACUUGUUAGUUUAAGUGAACAAAAUUUGAUCGAUUGCUCAACUAAGUUUGGUAAUAAUGGUUGUAACGGUGGAUUGAUGGACAAUGCGUUUAGAUACAUAAAAGCAAACCAUGGUAUUGAUACUGAAGAAUCAUACCCUUACGAAGCUGAAGAUGAUAAAUGUCGUUAUAAUCCCAAAAACUCAGGUGCUACGGACAGAGGGUAUGUUGAUAUCGAAUCUGGAAAUGAAGAGCAACUGAAGUCUGCCGUUGCUACUGUUGGGCCUGUAUCAGUUGCCAUUGACGCUGCCCAUCAGUCGUUCCAAUUUUAUGCAGAAGGAGUGUAUGAUGAACCCGAAUGUAGUACAUCCCAAUUAGACCAUGGUGUGCUGGCUGUCGGAUACGGUACCUCAGAGGAUGGACACGAUUAUUGGAUUGUUAAGAAUUCAUGGGGUCCAUCAUGGGGCAAACAGGGAUAUAUUUUAAUGGCUCGAAACAACGAAAAUCAAUGUGGCAUUGCAACACAGGCCAGUUAUCCUUUAGUUUAAGUUUAGCUUUUGUUAGAAUAUGCUUGUGUAAUGUAAGUUUUCCAAAAAUAUUGUACAUUUUAGCAAUAGGAAAUGUUUAUUUGUAUUAAUAAUUGAGAUUUUGAAAUAAAAGCACAAUAUGAAAGUUGA